UAUUGACCCAUGUGGGCAUAUUUUUGAAAGACUUGUUUGCCGCUCAUUUUAAAGCUCGUGAAAUUCUCUAUCGACUGGUAUAUGUAUCGUCGUGGUUAGUGGACAAAUGUGGAGCACAGGAUCGUCAUCGUUGAACAAAGAAGAGUAGAACUUUGGUUACAGUAAAUUCGACCUAGUUUUUUCUGAGAGCAACUCUAAGGUCUGUCGGGUGGCUAGAAAUGUUCUCCUGUUCAUUCUGCAUUCAACCAUGUAUGUGUUGAUGGAAUUCAAGCAGGGGCUGAUUCCAUCAAAUAAUCGCUCCCGUCCUUUAAAACUUUCAGCUAUCAUAAUAGUUGAAAAAAUCAAACAUAAAUUGUUUGUAUAAUCCUGGCCAGUACACGAAUCGUAUUUUUAAAUUCUAAAUGAAAUGUUUAUAACUUUUGAGCGAAGUUCUUCUAGAAAAUAUUUUGUUCUAUUUGCCUAUGUAAUAUCCAUUUCAAAAUAUAAGAGACUUCAAUUCAAUUCAGAUAAUGGGUGAUAGAAAAGAGCUAAAGACACACGGCUUUUGUUCGAAUGUGAAAUGUUGUGCUAUCGAUUUAUAGGGUGGUAGUUCUAUUUUUAUUUCCCAUAAAGCGAUAGCUCCAACAUUUCUCGUUCGAAUAAAAAAAAAAAUGUGUGUCUUAAGCUCUAUUCUAUCACAAGUUAUCUAAAAAGCUAUGAAUUCUCUUAUAUUUUGAAAUGGAUAGUAGUUGAAAAACUUGACAAAAAUUUUAGAAAAUUCAUAAUUCUUUGACUGUGAAAUAUGUUUUAGAGUCGAGAUGACUCACAUGUAAUAGAGAAUAUUUGACAUGUCAAACUUAAAUUUGAAUUUCUUUAAUUGUGGAGUUCAGAAUGGUGAGGAAAUGUUCUUGAUAUAUCUGUUACUCCCGAGAAUAGUUGAUCAAGGUAGGAUCGAUAAAUAAAAAUUGUCUACAAAGUAUCUCAAUAGAAUAAUUAAAUUUAUCUACUUAGUCAGGUGAUUUAUUUGUUUAUUUAGGUGUUGACGGUUUAAAACAGUUAACAUUCGACCAAGCUUUACCUGAACAUAUUCAAAAAUGGGUGAGAUCUACACCACUCAUACAAAAAACACCUGAUAUCGAACUCAAAGAAGUUAUUAUCGAAGAAGAAUCAGUGAAUGAGUCAAAAGUUAUUGAUCCAGAAUUAGUCAAAAAUUAA